AUGCCAAGAGAUGAUACUUACCUCGUGUAUGGUCAUAUGAGGAGGGGGCACAGCCAUGGCUCCGUCACAGCUGAAGAGGCCGCGGGGAUUGGCAUCCUGACGGUGAUCUUGGGGGUCCUGCUCCUCGUGGGCUGCUGGUAUUGCCGUCGACGGCGGGGAUACAGAGUCUUGAGCGACAAAAGCCUUCAUGCUGAUGGUGAGAGUGCUCUGCCUGAAAAAUCCCUGUGCAAGGAGCCUGCCCGGCAGGACAGCAAGCUACCUUCUCAAGAGCACAGCCGUGCGCCUGUGGUCCCCAAUGCUCCACCUGCCUACGAGAAGCUGUCUCCAGACCAGGCACCGCCGCCCUACUCACCAUGA